AUGUCGGAACUGCGACAAGUACCCAAGAAUCGGGUUCUUCCUUGGCCUCCGUCAUCUCCUUCUUCAUCUUUCCUGAUGGCUGGACUUCUGUCAUCGAUUAGGGACUUUGUCAAGGCAACCAAAUCUGCCACUGCUGCUUCCAAAUAUACAGAGGAGAAAAGCAAACUGAAAGGGCGCGUACACAGGAAUUGGUUCUUCAUUGGUCCCUCUCGUCUCUCUUCAUCUUCUCCUAUGACUAGUUUUCCAUCGUCUCUAUCAAAACCUAUUCAUAAGUUGAUUGCUCUAUUCUUCGAGAUCUUGUUGGCUGGUUUGGUUAUGGAGUGGAAGAAGAACUAG